UACUUCCUCGGCUCGAACACGUAUUACCUCAUGGUGCGCGGCGCGUCCCCGACGUUCCGCUGCGAGGUGGACGAGGUCUUAGACGCCGCCGCGGACCUCGGCGUGACCGUCCUCCGAACGUGGGCGUUCAGCGACGGCGCCGGGGAGUGGCGCGCGCUGCAACGCGCGCCGGGAGUGUACGACGAGGCGACGUUCAGGGGCCUAGGCGCGUUCUCCUCAGACUGGUUCCCAUACGACCGCGCGGGAAAACGCGGGAUUCGACUCCUCGUCGCCUUCGCGAACUACUGGCAGCACUACGGCGGCGCGGACGCGUACAACAGAUGGAGCUUUCUCGCGGGCGAAGGUCGCUGCGACGGCGAGCUGGCGUGCAGGGACGAUUUCUUCUCGGACCCGUACGCGCGCCGGUUGUACAAGAACCACGUCGCCGCGGUGAUCGGGCGCGUGAACACCUUCACCGGCGUUCGAUACCGCGACGACCCGGCGAUAUUCGGGUGGAACCUCAUGAACGAGCCGCGGUCGACGAAAGAUUUGACCAGUCUGGAGUACAACGUCUCGAGCAACACCGGCGACGCGCUGCAAGCGUGGAUCGAAGAGAUGACCCCGCACGUCAAGUCGUUGGAUCCGAAUCACUUGCUCACGGUCGGCAGCGAGUCCUUCUUCGGGCCGUCGUCGCCGCUGUAUUUGUACGCGAACCCGGGACCGUGGGCGCAGCUCGAGGGCGUGGACUUCGUCAGGAACCACGCCGUCCCCGGGAUCGACUUCGCGACGAUGCACGUGUACGUGGACCAGUGGCUGUGCGUCGAGCGCGGCGCGACGAAAACAGAAAAGCUGAAUUACACGGAACGGUGGUUGCGCGCGCACGUUCAGGACGCGGAUAAGCUCGGGAAGCCGCUCGUGGUCGAGGAGUUCGGGAAGUCCACGCCGUCGUCGAGGAUCACGGUCGGGAGAGGGCUGCAGCCGGGCGAGCGCGUGCACGGCGGUCCCGGGGAUUUUUACGUCAGAGACGAGUUCUUCGAGAGCGUGUAUCGCAUCGUCGAGAAGAGCAAACGCGACGGCGGGAGCGGGCAAGGGACAAACUUUUGG